AUGCUGUGUGCGCGCGUCGCCCUGCCGUACGUUGCGUGUUUCGCGUCCCCACGACCGACAUACCCAACGGUACUUGCGCGCAACGCGGGGCUACGCCCUCUACUACCUGUUCGGCGCUCCAUGGCCACUGCGUCCCGGACUCCACACUCGCCACCGGCUUCCCAGCAUGUCCCGGAGUCGGUGCCUCACGACCAGCCCUUUCUACUUCCAGAGAUCGUGUCCGAGGCGCUCCAUGUGCCGAUGUUCAGCGCGUCGGCCCAUUCGAUGGUUCGUGUCCCGUCACCGCGCCAAUUCUACAGCACACUGCGGCACCAUAUCAUGAAGGCGCAGCAUCGCAUCUUUAUUGCCACGCUGUACGUCGGGAAAGAGGAGCGUGAACUUGCCAUGUUCCUGACCAAGGCACUUGCGCGGCGCCCACAGCUGCAAUUGACCAUCCUCAUGGAUGCGAUGCGAGCCACGCGAGAGAGCCCCCAGAGCGCCUCGAGUGCUUCGCUGCUCUCCCACCUCGCCAGCAUGUUUCCCGACCAGGUGGAUCUGCGAUUGUAUGCCACACCUGUACUCCGUCCCAACAGCAUUGCUUCGCGUAUCAUUGGAAAGCGGUUCAAUGAGGGGUUCGGACUGCAGCACAUGAAAGUGUAUGGCUUUGACGACGAUGUCAUUAUUACUGGCGCCAAUUUAUCGCGCGACUAUUUUACGCGUCGGAUGGACCGCUACCUUUUGAUCAGGGAGCACAAGCCACUAGCCAAUUACUUGCACGCUCUGAUUCUGUUACUCUCGCGAUUCUCCUACGCACUUCUGUACGACGGCGAUCCAUCGCUCCUGUCGCACGUCAAAGGCCACAUCGAGGACAUGGAUGACUCGUCGUCCGACUAUGUACAGCUUACCCGCAGCGCCUUUCGUCUUCACUGGGAUGGCGGCAGCGACCUUCUCCUGGCAGAAGACACGGACGGGACCAUCGCGACAGCAGGCUUGUGCCCAUCGACCAGGGCGUGUCUCGAAACCAACUGGCGCUCGUCUGCUACGCAGGCGCUGCAAGACUUUACGAUGCGGUGGUACGAGCGUGCCAAGGCACAAAGGCCUGCCUCAGGCGAUACACGGAUAGUGCCGCUGCUCCAACUGGGCCAGCUUGCUAUUACGCAAGAAACAGACAUGAUACCCAUUCUCACACAAUACCUCUCUGCUCUUUCCCCGCGCGCACUCGGUCCCACAGCUGCGCGGCCCUACACUACUGUGGACCUCACGUCUGGCUACUUUACACUUUCAGGCUUGUACAAGUCCCUCGUGCUCUCUGAUGCCAUUCACCGCCAUUCACAGGCCCCCGUGUUUUUCCGCCUGGUUGCUGCGUCGCCGGAGGCCAAUGGUUUUUUCGGCAGUCGGGGUCUGAGCGGCCGUAUCCCUGCAGCGUACACGCUGUUGGAGAAGCUCUUUUGGAACCGUGUCGUCGACAAGCAACUACAUGCGCCCGUGCACCCAUACGUGGAUGUCUCCGAUCCGAUAUCGGAGGGUCCUCUUGCGCCUGUUGAGCUGCGAGAAUGGAGCAAGUACGGCUGGACGUACCAUGAAAAAGGUCUGUGGAUCACAGGACCGUCACUGGCGCAGCCUGUCCUGUCACCAGCCACGACGCUCAUUGGCUCGUCCAACUAUGGUGCCCGGUCAGAAAAGUUCGAUGUAGAGUGCUCGUUGCUCAUCACGACUCAGUCCCCCCAGCUACAAGAUACCCUGGCGAAAGAAGUGCAGGAGAUGCGCGAAAGUGCGCGCACACGCAUGGACACGGCGACCUUUCGCAGCAAGGAACGCCGAGUGGACGCGGUGACCCAGGUCCUGACCCGGCUCCUUCGGCCCCUGUUGUAG